AGACAGCCUCGCCCGUGAUAAUGGAGGUAAUUGUCUGUGUAACUAGUCGUCAUUUAAUGUGAUGAAAAAUCAUGAUGGAGGACGAAUUAAAGUGUCCUUUAUGCAAGCAUUUUUUUAGUAACCCCGUGCUCUUGCCAUGUUAUCAUUCUUUGUGCUUAAAUUGUGCUCUUCACGUUCAACAACCCGCUCAGCAAGUCAGCCAAGCUACUCAGGAGGAUGCCAAUCAUCUGAGCGAUAUUCCUCCGGACUGCCCCGAUGUUGACAAGCUCAGUCUAGUCAGCGAAACGGACAGCGGUGUUGUUUGCAACAGCAGACCCAACAGUUAUGUUGGUACCCCAAAUCAAGGAAUACUUUUCCCUCCUUUACACAGCAGUACUCUUUCUCUUAGCUGUCCCGUGUGUCAAAAAACAGUAUAUUUCGACGACAAUGGCGUUCACAAUUUGGCCAAAAAUCGCGCGCUUCAAAACAUUGUUGAUAAGUACGGUGAAAGUAGGAAUUUAGCAGUACAAUGUCAACUUUGCGAAGAUGAUCCCCAAGAAGCGGCUGUUAUGUGUUUACAAUGUGAAGUAUUCUAUUGCAAUGUGUGCCGUGAUAAUUGCCAUCCUGCUAGAGGACCUUUAGCCAAACAUACUUUAGUCAAUCCCCAUGAAGGGAAAAUAGCUCUUAGAGCAAAAAAUAAAAACAAAGAACCUAAGUGCGUUGAACACAAUGAAGAAUCUUUGAGCAUGUAUUGCAUGCUUUGUAAAGUUCCGGUUUGUGUUUUAUGUUUGCAAGAAGGAAAACAUUUGAGCCAUGAUGUGCAAGCUUUGGGAUCUAUGUGUAAAGCUCAAAAGACGGAACUUUCUCAAAAUUUACAAAUUCUGUCCGAAAAAGCUAAAGGAACUACAGAGUUCAUACAGAGAUUAAAACUGAUGACUGACAAAGUUGCUGACAAUUGUGUUCAACUAGAAGGCAAUAUAGAGAAUGAGUGUGAAUUGCUAAUUGAACUUAUAAAUGUAAGAAAACAGCAGCUAGUAGACUUUGUUAGAAAAGAAAGAGACUAUAAAGUGAAAUCCUUAAAAGAACAAGUUACUUUGUGUACAGGAAAACUGCAACAAACUACAGGACUUCUACAGUUUUGUAUAGAAGCUCUAAAGGAGACUGAUCCAUCAACUUUCCUACAGGUUGGAUCAUCUCUAAUUCACAGAGUGUCAAAUAUUGACCUAACAUGGAGUCAAGAAAUGCCAUGUACUCCAUGGGUAGCUGAUGAAUAUGAUCUCACAUUAGACCACCAGCCAGUGAUACAAGCCAUUGAAAACAUGACAUUCCAACAAAUGAAACCACCCGGUGCACCAAUCAUAAUACCAGAAGAAUGCACAUCUGAAAAUAAUAGUAUUACUGUGGCUUGGCAACCUCAUCCUUCCAGUUUUGUGGAGGGUUAUAUCUUAGAGUUAGAUGAUGGCAAUAAUGGUGCAUUUAGGGAAGUGUACUGUGGCAAAGAAACAAUCUGUACUGUUGAUGGUUUGCAUUUCAAUAGUUUAUACAAUGCUCGUCUUAAAGCUUAUAAUAGCACAGGUGAAGGGCCUUAUAGUGAUCCAAUUUCUUUACAAACUGCAGAAGUUGCAUGGUUUACAUUUGAUCCUGUCACAGCUCACCCUGAAAUAGUUUUAAGUAAUGAAAAUCUCACUGUUACAUGUGAGAGUUAUGAACACAGAGUAGUGCUUGGAAAUAUUGGCUUUUCAAGAGGAAUUCAUUAUUGGGAAGUCACUAUUGUCAAGUAUGAUAACAGUGCUGAUCCAGCUUUUGGUAUCGCUCGUUUUGAUGUUGUAAAAGAUCUUAUGCUGGGAAAAGACGAUAAGGGAUGGAGUAUGUACAUAGAUCACCAGCGAUCGUGGUUCUUGCAUGAUGAUGGUCAUGAAAACAGAACUGAUGGUGGAAUUGAAAUUGGUUCAGUCAUUGGCAUACUGUUGGACCUUGAACAACACCAGUUGAGUUUCUUUGUCAAUGAUGAACGCCAAGGACCUGUUGCGUUCACUGAUUUACAUGGAGUAUUUUUCCCUGCAUUUAGUGUUAACCGAAAUGUGCAGUUAACUGUGCAAACUGGGCUGGAACCCCCAAUCAGUGCUGGAAUAGAAGUUGGAUCGUGCAAAGAUAGUUUGUCUCAAUUGUCUUUACCAUCAACUUUAUCACCUUCUCACAAAAACUAAAUGUCUGUGAAAUAUGUGAAUGCUUUUAAUAGUUUUGUUAUUGCUUCCAAGUUUUGCUUUUCUUUUGGUGAUUUUUUACAGUAUUUAAUUAUAUAUAGAUGUUUUGGUUUGUUCCUAAGUAUGGGUUUUAUUCUGAAAUUGUUGAUAUGACCGUAUUUCUUCAAUUGAAGUUAACUUAAUGAAAACGUUUAUUAUAAAUAAUCGAGAAAUUGGAAUAUCUUAUCAAACCCAUCACGUUGCAAUUAUUUUGAAGUAAUUUUCGUAAUAUAAAUAUUUAAAGCCAUCAACUUUUAAAUAGGUUUCAUUCAGUGAAUAUAUUUUUAUUUUCACCAGUUUAUAGUAAAGAAUUGAUUUCAAUCAAUAAUAUUAAUGUAUGUGCUCAUAAUUUAGAAAAUGCUUUAAUGUUUGCAAAUGUUUCAGAGUUCCAUACAUUUUAUGAAAUAAUUUUGAAUAGCCUUUUAAUUAGUUUUACUAGUUUUAAAUAUAAAGGAAUUUUCUUUAAAAAAUAUUUGCUAAAUCAUCUUUUUUUUCUUUGAUUUGAAUCAAUUUUUCCAAUGAACUAUUCAGCUGGAUUCUCAUAUGCCUGGGCUUUAACUUCGCUAUUGUUUUCAACUCUGUCGUGCGAAAAAUUCAACAUGUUGUUGGUGAAUUGAACACUAUUUCAUUCAUGUAACUUGUCAAAAACGUCAUCAGAAGAAGUUCAACCAGUAUGAGAGUCAUCCAGGUAUUAGAAAAAUGCAAGCAUUUUUUAAUGCAUAACUUAUGUUUUUUUUUUUUUUUUUUCAAAUAUUUAGAAUUUGCAUUUUUCUGAAAUCUUAAUAAAUUGAUAUACACAUAUUUUUACUUAUAGUAAAAAUAUUUUUAAUGUUAGAAAGUUAAUAAAAGUGGUUUCAAGUUUUUGUAUCCCCCCCCCCCCACCUGAAAAGAAAUAAUUGAUGCAUAUUGUUUGUUUUUUGUGGGUCCUUCAGAAAGUUAUGUGUUUAAAAAGCAGCCUCUUCACAAAAUUUCAUAUAGAGGCCACUUUACAAAAUUUCGUGUUUCAAAGUUAACUUUCAGAAAAUAUCAUUUGUAACGACAGCUUCUUCAUAGCUUUUAAGCUCAAGCAACUCGCUCGAAAACAAACAUUUGUGAAAAGAAGCUUCAGUUUCUUCCAAGUCAUUCCCAGCAUAGGCCUUGAAGCCAAAUAAUAUUUAUAUUAGAAUUGUGAUAGCUAUAAGUGCUCUUUUAUAAUAUCACAAGGUUUUUUUUUUCCUGUUCAGAGAAGGAAAAAAAAAGUUUUUUUUUUAUCCCCAUCUUUCUUUCACAAAGUGCCCCUAAUACAGAGUUUCAUUUCUUAAGUUGAAUUUUACUCCUAGAAUGCUCAAACCAACAUUUUAACGAAAGUUGGGUUAGUUAAAUGUUGAUAAAAGUUGAGUAAGUUUUCUUCCAUAAUUUGGAAACAAUUUCAUUUUAGGAAGAAAUCUUUGAAUCUUAUUAAUUGUAGAUAUAAAUUUGAAUACAACCACUGGUCUGUUAAUGAAGUCCACUGACAGCUGAACUUAGUAUCUAAAUAUCUUUGAACAAUAUGCCCUCCUCAAGAAUGUCAUACAAUUUUAAAUGAAAUUGAAAGUAGUUGUACAUCUUAAUCUAGAACUAGCAAUAAAUAAAAAUUUUCUGAAAUGACAAAACAUAAUCAUUUGAAGCUAUUUUAUUCAUAAUUUUCUGCUUCUUUUGGAGCAAUUUUCAUGUACCACUAAGUGUUCAACUUCUGUAUAAGAUGUAUACAUAUCAAAAGUUUUUAUUUUUAAGUAUUGAAAUAUGCCCUUGGAUAUAUCAGGAUACAUCAAUUGUUUUAUGUGCCACUUUCAGCUUUCAUUUGGUAAUGUUAAUGAGAAAUCAGUGUAGUACGACAAAAAAAAAAGGCCUUAUAAAUGGUGCAUUACUAAUUAAAUUUUAAUAUCUGCAUGAAAUGUGUGACUAAUUAAAAGUGUAAAUUUAUUAUAUUUUUCAAUCCUUGUAAAAUUGUGUAAAUUACUUUUUAGUGUUUAUAAAAAUUCGGUAUUUAUACUCAACUUGAAAAUUUAAACUUUAAAAAUGCUAUGCAAUCGUAGUCUUUAAGCACAAAUUAUGCUGUAAUUUUCCAGAAAACUCUUAAGUAUAUCUUCUUGCAUAUGUGAAAAUAAGUGAAUAUAUAAGACAUUUCUAGCAUGUAAUAAAUCUAUAAAAUUUGUACAUAAUUUUGUAUUUUAAACUUAAUUUUCAUUAUAAAAGAUUUAAAUUUGUGGUUGGUUUAUUUGAUUGGGUUUUUUGGUGCAAGAGCCUUAAUAGGCUAUACUGCGCCAUUGAAAUUUAUGUGAAGUUAAUUAUCACUAUUUCUGUUUCAAUGCAAUUCUUUUCUAAAAGUGGAACAACAGAAUGUUGUGUUUUAAAUCAUAAAAAUAUUAUAUUUAGUACAAGAAUUCAUUUAAUACCUCUUAAAUCGGAAUACUCUUUAAAUUUUGCACAGUUUAAGAAGCUAAAUCCAUUUUUAAUUGCUAAUGAUUGAAUUAUAUAAAUUAUUGUAACUACCAAAAUGUACUUAAUUUGCAGUAUAUUGUAAUUGAUUAUAUUUCAAACAAAGGAUGUAAAAUUAACACCUAAUAUAAGUCUGUUAUAAAAAAAAGAGAAAAAGUUUUAACGUUAGGUUUGUUUUUACGUCUCUAGAUUUCGGUAUGCACUUUUCCUCAAUUAUCCUAUUUUAAUAAUACUUAAAUUUUGCAGAAUUUCAUAGGCCAAAAAACAAAAUCUUCUGUUACCUUCAAUUAAAAUUGAGUAUUUUUAAUGUCAUUAUGUGUCUUGUUAUAAUUAAGUAUUUAAAGAAAGUUAAAUUUUCUUGGGGGAAAUUUUGUUUAGAAAAUUGUAAAUGUCAAUUCUAUUUGCAAAAAAAAAAAACACUUUCAAACUUGCAGUCAUACUAUAAAUGUGUAGAUAAAUAAUAUUUGCAUUAAAGGGGGAGGGGAAAUCAUGAUUAAAAAAGUAGGUUGCAAUUUCAGACGUAAAAUUACAUUGUAAAAAAAAAUAAUCUUCACGAAUUACAUAGUUUUCUAUACUUGCAUCUUGGACCAAAACUGUACGCAGGUUUAUAUAAUUAGAUUUAGAAUGCAUUGCAAUGCAAUAAAAAUUGAGUGGUAAUGCUCUUGAAUUUUGAAAAUGAAAAUGAUUCUUUCAAGUCAGUGCAGGUGGAAUUUUAAAACUUUUUAUACAUUUUUGAAGAUUUUUUAUCAAAGAUAAAAUGCUUUUAUUGUUUGUGUUGAAAUUUUUUUUGUUAUAAGUAAGAAACUUUGGUAUGAGUGAUUUUGACUUUUUAAUUUUUUACAACUGUCCAUCCAUAUUUUUUUUUUUUUACUUUAUAGCAGCUGAUUGUUUUGUUUCCUAGAAUUUAUUGUUUGUAUUUUGUAAAUCAGCAUUUUAGUCUUUCAUUUGUUACGUUAAUUUAAUAUUAGUUUGAUUUAUAGAAGUUUUACAAAUUUGACAUGUAUAUAUGCUGCUUGUUUUUUUAAAUACAAUGUGGUUCAACUGUC